GUAAUCCGAGUCGAAACGUUGAACGUAUUCGUACGUUCUAGUAUCGUUGCGUGCAUAUAUGUAUGUCAAAGUAACGUAAUAAUCAUUAGAUUAUUUAUCUCCAGUUUUGUGAACAGUUUUUAUUUUAACUGUGCGCAUGCAAAGCAUUAAAGUAAAUGAACGUGUUUUUAUUAAGAAGUAUUUAUUUAGAAGACGUCGUAGAAGAGAGAACGACAACAAAUUGCGACUAGUUACACGAUCUUUCGAGAAAAGUGAAAUUUAUGUACACAUAGCAAUGCAAACAAACGUUAUACUCGGAUAAUAACAAAGAGGACAACAUUUAAACGUCUUUCUAUUGUUUUCUAUAAUUGUAUUUUUCUUUAAUGUUUAACGCUCAUAUAAUUUGUUAUUAUCGAUACUUUCUUACAAAGAACUGUGAAGGUUAGCGUCUCUGGGACGAAGUGGAACGUAAACUCAGACUUCCUACUAAUUUUUAACCUUUUAGAUUAUUUUCCAAUAAUUAUCUUUAUUCAAGCUCUUAUUUCGUAUAUAUCAUCGCUAUAAAAUUAAACUCGGAAAAUAAAAGUUACAAUUUUUCACUUUGUUGUUCCAAAUGACAAAUGCAAUGGGAGGUACGCAUCUACAUACUCCACCAUCGAUAUUUCAACACAUGAUAAUACAACAAGGUACUUCUCAGCAAGUAGGUUCUUGGACACAAAUGCCACAAGUAUUACCUUUAUCUAUACCUUGGAGUGUACCGUCGGUACAACAAUCCGAAUUAAUCAGAUUUACUGGCGAACAAAAUGUUACAUCUAACCUUCAUCAGAAAAGAAAAUUAGAGACACCGGAUUUACUUGACAUCAGAAAGACAAAACAACUAAUAACAGAAGAAAAAAUGGCUGCACACUUUCAAGAUUUACAUAUCAGUUCUGCUUACCAUUCACAAGAUCCUGUACCAUCUACGUCAACAGCAACUACUUCACUUGAAAAAUCCAAUGUAGGGAUGGAUAUGGAAACUGCUAAUGUGGUUGAUACUGACAAUUUAAAGAGUCCAAGAUUAAUUCUAUCUGAAGAACUGAAACGAAUACAACAGGAAUCCAUUCUUCCGUCGACUCUUCUAUCCAAAUUGGAGAGGCCCUCUAUGGCAUUAGUUCUUUGGGAACCACCAAGUAAACAUCUUCGUAUUUUACCUACAAGAGAUAGUCCAACGCCGGUUCCAAAUGCGUCAGAUGACAAUAAUAAUAACAACAAUAACAACAAUAAUAGCGAUGGUAUACCUGAUUUGAAUCAAACAAGUUCAUUUGAACCAAUGGAAUUAUGAAAAACGUAUUAAAAUAUUUCUUGCUUCUGAACAAAUUGAUGCAUCAGAGUACAUUUUUAGCUCUAUAAAAAAUUUUAAUUAAAGUUCAUUGUUGAACUCGACUAUAUGCAAUUAAUUUCUCUUGUUUAAAUAUACAAAAGAGUGGUAUGUUUAUACAAUAAGAUAGUUUGAGUUUCAACUACAUCGUUGAUUACUUAUUGUGAUAAAAUUAGUAAUGCUGUUACAUGACAAGCAUUAUUUUUUUAUCUUUGUCUCUCUGGUUCUUUCUUCUCAUUAUCUACACACUACAUCAUUUUCUACACACUUUAUAAUUACAUAUACACUUACAUAUUGUGGUUAAUAGUUCAUAUUCGUUUAAGAAUUUUCCAUAAAUUUGCGAAAUGAAAAAAAAUCAAAGUAUGAUGUGGUCUGCUUCAUCUCGGCAAACGUAGUAAACAUAAUUCUUAAUACAUAGUUCCUUUGGAAAUAAGUACCAUUUGUUUGUUCCUUGCUUAUUAAUUAAUUUCCAUUCAGACAAUUACAUAAGAUAUAAUAAAACGAGUCGAAUAUGAGAUAAAAUACGCGAUAGAAUUUCAUGUUAGUCAUUCAUACGUUAUAAAUAUUCAACUCUAUUAUAUUUUAUUCUUUGCCUUAAUUUUAUUAUAUCUAUCAUAUUAUAUAAUCUUUUAAUAGUAUUCCUAUGUGCAAAUAUUAGUGAUAUAAUAAAUAAGUCGAAAAAAAGUGUGAUCUUUUAACUCAUUCGGUUGACUCAAAUUUGUUGACUUAAUUUGCCAUACAGGAGAAAUAAAAAGUUGUGUGUGUGUGUGUUUGUAUGUGUAAAUAUAUAUAUGUAUAGUAAAUAUAUUAUAUAAUAGAAGUAUAACAGCUACUUAUAAGAGGAAGUGAAAUAAUGUAAUAGAAUAAAAAAUAUAUCAAUUCAUUUGUAUCUGCAAGCGAAGUAAUCUACACACGAUGAUUGUCACUUAUUAAUGAACGUGGAAUAAUUCGCGCGCUAUGAAAUUUUUUUAUCGAAAGUAAAAAACUUGUUGAUUGUCA